CUAACCUUAAAUUUUUACAUUUUUUAUAUCCUUUUGAGAAACUUUUUAAAUGUAUACAGUUCAAUCUAACGUAAAUCAGAUAAUUCAAAGGCAGUUGGUAAUUUAACACAUUUGAAAGGAAGGUGUAAUUAUUUUCUAGUAUUUAAAUGAGCAAAUGAAUGUGUAAUGUCUCGAGCAACGAAAAGGAAGCAUGUACUCCUAGAAGUACUUCAAGAUGACUUUUCCCCUCCAACUGAAAACCAACAAAUUGUGCGAGUUCUUAAUAGUAGAGGAAAUAACUUACAUGAAGUUGAAGCUCCUGACAAAUCUGUUUUCCUUGUGUCCAUGCCAACAAAGUUUAGGAAAAAUGUUUGGGUGAAGAGAGGUGAUUAUGUUCUUACAGAACCAAUUGAAGAAGGUGAUAAAGUUAAAGCUGAAAUGGUUAGGAUUCUUACACCAGAACAUAUAAAGUAUUUUAAAAAAGACAAUGUGUGGCCCAAAGAAUUUGAUGAUAAGAAAGAGGACAGUGAUGAUGAGGAUGACCUUUUUGUAAAUAGAAAUAGACCUGUUUUUGAUGAAGAGGAAUCUAGUGGGUCUGAUUCUGAUGAUGAAUCUAGUGAAAGUGAAAACAAUGAUUGAUCUUUAAUAUAUAUGUUUUUUUUAAUAUGUUAGAUGAUUAAAAUAAGUUUAUUUUACAAUAAAAGAAUCUUUACAUAAUUUUAGUUUGCAAGG